AUGGCCUUGGCUUUGGCCACGUUUACCGUGAAGGACAACUGCGACCGAACGUGCGGCAACAUGAGUGUGCCUUUCCCAUUUGGGCUCGACGAAAGUUGCGCGCGGAACUCCUACCUCGUCCUCAGCUGCAACCACACUUCCGGGGGCCUGUCCCUCGGCGACGACAUUCCGGUGUUGGACGUAUCCGUGGAGAACGGGACGAUGACCAUUGGCCAGUACAGAGCUUUCGACUGUUACGACGAGGGUGGCCAUCUGCUUGACGACUCUGUCCCUGACACGUCGAUCACAUUGGGUGAAGACGGGCAAUAUACAUUCUCAGACACCCGGAACAAGCUCACUGUCUUCGGUUGCGACACCUUGGCUUUUAUCUUGGGUGCCAAUGGAACUGCUGGGAGUGGAUGCUUCUCCUAUUGCCACGAGGACAUUAACUUCACAGCCGAAAGCUAUUGCUCCGGCUACAGAUGCUGUCAAACAUCGAUCCCCAAGAGCCUCAGAAGCCUCAAUAUAUCCAUGAUCAGCGCAACGAAUUACACUUCAGUUUACAAUUUCAGCUCUUGUGGAUCAGCGUUCUUAGUGGACCAGGACUCGUUUAAUGAAGCGCAAUCGAACCGAUCGAUCUAUGCUUGCGGUGCCAAUAGUUUCUGCUCUGACUUCAGGAACGGGCAGGGUUAUCGUUGCUUAUGUGAUGCUGGGUACACAGGGAAUCCCUACGCCUCUCCACUGUCCCCGGGAUGUCAAGACAUUGAUGAAUGCAAGGAUCCACGACGAUACCCAUGUCAUGGAAAUUGCAAGAAUACGCCUGGGAACUACACAUGCGAUUGCCCAUUCGGCAUGACUGGUGAUGGCAAAGUCGGUUGCCAAAUUUCAGGUCUUGCCCCGACUGCUGCAGUCAUUGUAUCGAUAACAUUAAGCGUAGUUGUUAGUGGGUUAGUCUUGCUCAUAUGCAAGAGGAGAGCCAAAGAGAGAUACUUCAGGCAAAAUGGAGGAGAGAUCUUGAAGCAUCAAAGGGUGAAAAUCUUCACUGAGGCACAGUUGGCUAAAGCCACCAAUAACUACGAUACUUGCAACAAGCUCGGUGAGGGUGGUUUUGCUUCAGUCUACAAAGGAAGAAUUGACGGUGACAUUUUAGUCGCAGUCAAGAAGCUUAGAGAUGUCCUUGUCAAUAAGCCGAAAGACAUGAACAAGGACUUGUCUUUGAGUACUCACGAUGAAUUUAUGCACGAAAUCAGCAUUGUUUCACAGGUGAAUCACAAGAACUUGGUCAAGCUCCUAGGCAUAUGUUUGGAGACAAAAGUGCCAUUGUUGGUCUAUGAAUUCAUUACUAAUGGCACUCUUCAUCACCACAUUCAUGACAAGAGAUCGACCAUUCUACACUCGUGGAAGAAUUGCCUCAGGGUUGCCUCAAAAGUUGCCUUGGCCCUCGUGUACUUGCAUUCUCUAGCUGACCCACCGAUCAUUCAUAGUGAUGUCAAGUCUCUAAAUAUACUUUUAGAUGAGAAGUACUCAGCAAAAGUAUCUGAUUUCGGGGCCUCAGUUUUGAUGUCACUUGGAAAGACCCAUAUAGCCGAUAAAGUACAAGGCACAAUAGGUUACCUUGACCCUGAGUAUCUCAUCACUGGUGAAUUAACCACGAAGAGCGAUGUUUAUAGUUUUGGGGUUGUCCUUGUGGAGCUCCUAACCGGAGAGAUGCCAACUCAACGGGCAAAAUAUAAGGAAAAAAUCAACACCAUCCAAUCUAUCAUCUCCACUAUGGAGAACCGGACACUCAUCCAUAUGACAAAGUUUGAGGCAUCCAAUGAAGCUGAACUGCGGGAGAUCGAGGCGGUCGGUUCACUUGCUAGAAGGUGCUUAAACUUUAAUGGCAUCAAAAGGCCAACAAUGAGGGAAGUGGCCAAGCAACUGGCAAGGAUCAACAAGAACCCGUGGGCCGAUCAAUGGGACGACACAGAGACUCAAAGUUUACUCGACAAUAUGAGAUGUGAUUCUCUCCGGACUUCAAUAAGUGAAAUGAACAAACUGGAGUCUGACUGCUCUUUUGGUAUUUGA